AUGGUGGAGAUGGCCAAGCACCUGCGCCGCCGCGGCCUCGCCGUCGUCGUCGUCGCGGUGAUCGACCCGCCCGACAACGACGCCACCUCGGCCGACGCGACGGCGCGCCUCGCCGCGGCCAACCCGUCCAUCACGUUCCGCCUCCUGCCGGCGCCGCCCAGCCCGGACGCCGGCGCGCAUCCGGCCAGGCGCGCCCUCGACACGCUCCGCGCCUGGGCCAAUCCCGUGCUCCGGGAGUUCCUCCGCUCGCUGCCCGACGCCGUCGACGCCCUCUUGCUCGACGUCGCGGCCUACUUCUUCUUCCCCUCCGGGGCCAGCGCCCUCGCCGCCUUGCUCCACCUCCCGUAUUACUACCCCGAAGCAUGUGGAAAUUUCGGCAGCAAAACACGAAACACGCCGCACGGCGCCUGCUCGCCUGCAACCAGGCCGAGGCUCGCCACGACCGCCGCGACGUCGUGGCGCGAGAGCCGCGCUGCGGCGACGUCAUCCUCGCCGCCCCUCCGCCCGCAACGACGGAGCUGCGGACGCUAG